AGAGAAAGGAAGGCAGCCUUAUCUAGUUUGUUCAACUCCAGAGAGUGCAAAAAAGAAGUAAACUUUAUCUUCAGCUAACUCUGUAGAGAUUCAUAACAGUUUAUCAGUGAAGAAGCUAAACUACAACUUCCAAAGAAAAUGCUUCUUCAAACAACAAUCUCAACUCCACCUCACCAUUCUCACCUCUCUUCCUCUCUUGGCUUCAGGCCCUACAACCAUUCUUAUCUGGCCCUGUUUCGGCACUUUAGUUCUCCAGACUUGACAACUUUCAGAUCAGGCCAUGGACUCAAUUUCACAAGGUGUUUUAAUUUACAGGCAGAUACAUCAAAGGGAUUUGGAAAUAGGGUCCUUUGACGCCACAAGAUCCGCAAGGUUGUCAAGUAACCUUUUAACUGUUGACGAUAAUGUGCACAUGAAAAGGCUGCUAAUUUCGGUAUCAACAUUCUCAUGUGGACUAAUCUCAUUACUAACUUCUCCACAAGUGGCACAUGCACAGCAAACUAUCGGAACGGAUGCACUCUAUGAAGUUGGGGAGGGUUUUGAAUUGGGAAUUCAGCUGUCUUAUCUCCUGUUGCUAUUAGCUUUACUUGGCGUUGGAACCUUCUAUGUAAUUCGUCAAGUCUUAGUACGUAGAGAGCUGGACCUUUCUGCAAAAGAGUUGCAGGAACAAGUAAGAAGUGGUGAUGCUAGUGCAACUGAGCUGUUUGAACUUGGUGCGGUAAUGCUAAGGAGGAAAUUUUAUCCUGCCGCAUCCAAAUUUUUGCUUCAGGCAAUUCAAAAAUGGGAUGGUGAUGAUCAGGAUCUUGCCCAGGUUUACAAUGCCCUUGGUGUCACCUACGUUCGCGAUGGGAAACUCGAUAAAGGAAUCGCUCAGUUUGAAACUGCAGUGAAGAUUCAACCGGGCUAUGUAACGGCUUGGAACAACCUUGGUGAUGCAUAUGAGAAGAAAAAAGAAUAUAAAUCUGCUCUCAAGGCAUUUGAAGAAGUGUUGCUUUUUGAUCCUAACAAUAAGGUGGCACGGCCUAGGCGAGACCAAAUGAAGGCUCAAGUGAAAAUGUACAAAGGCAUUCCUGUCAAAUCUAACAAGGAUAGGUAGAUGAUUUUGUUGUUCAUCUGAACAAACAAUUUAAGACCUUAAUGCAAUUAUUUUUAUGAAUUAAAUGUCCAAGUAAAAUAAAGAUAUAGAUGAUUUUGGUAACAA